AUUGAAUAUUCAAAUUUAUUAAAACAUUACUUUGAGCAAAAAUUCUAAAAAAACCCACUUAAAUUCCAAGUAGUGUAAUACGCCGUCUUGAAUCGGUCGUGUUGCUCUCAUACACAAACAAUUACGACUGCUGAUGCGAAUUCCAAAUCAAACCCACACUCGUACCCACCUCCCCGAUUGUUUUGUUUGAUGCUCUUCUACACUCUUUAAUGGCGUCUGCACUUUUCUCCAGAACAAUUUUCAGUGUUUAUAGGACUAAUACAUCUCUUCUUUCCUCUUCUCGCUCUUUUUUCCUCAACAAUCAAUCCUUCCAUUCAAGAGCUGUUGGUUCAUGGUUUAAGGGAGUGGGCUGCUGCAAAUUGGUGCAGAGAAAUAGUUGGUUUCGUUGUGUAGUCUCGUCGACAGAUUCCAGAGCAAAAUCUUAUUCCACUGACACCAUGUCUACGAGUGAACCUGUCGUUUCGGUUGAAUGGCUCCAUGCCAACCUCAGGCAACCAGACAUUAAGGUGGUGGAUGCAUCUUGGUAUAUGCCCGAUGAGCAGAGGAAUCCAAUUCAGGAGUAUCAGGUUGCACAUAUUCCUGGUGCGCUUUUCUUUGAUGUUGAUGGCAUUGCAGAUCGAACUACAAAUCUGCCCCACAUGUUGCCUUCUGAAGAAGCUUUUGCUGCUGCUGUUUCAGCACUUGGCAUAGAGAAUAAAGAUGGAGUUGUUGUCUAUGAUGGAAAGGGCAUAUUUAGUGCUGCUCGUGUUUGGUGGAUGUUUCGAGUAUUUGGGCAUGACAGAAUUUGGGUGUUGGAUGGAGGUCUACCUAGAUGGCGUGCAUUGGGAUAUGACGUUGAAUCCAGUGCUUCUGGUGAUGCAAUUUUGAAAGCAAGUGCUGCCAGUGAGGCCAUUGAAAAAGUAUAUCAAGGACAACAGGUUGGACCAAUCACAUUUCAGACGAAAUUUCAACCUCAUCUUGUGUGGACGCUUGACCAGGUGAGGAAUAAUAUUGAGGACAAGACAUAUCAGCUUGUUGAUGCACGAUCAAAGGCGAGGUUUGAUGGAACUGCACCUGAACCACGAAAGGGAAUAAGGAGUGGUCAUGUUCCAGGAAGCAAGUGUGUUCCUUUCCCAAAGAUUUUGGAUUCGUCAGGAACUCUCUUAUCUGGAGAUCAGCUCAAGGAAAAAUUUGAACAGGAAGGUAUUUCUUUGGAUCAGCCCAUUGUGACAUCCUGUGGUACUGGCGUGACUGCUUGUAUUCUCGCAAUGGGUUUGCAUCGCCUUGGGAAGACCGAUGUUGCUGUUUAUGAUGGCUCUUGGACGGAAUGGGGAGGAAACCCCGACACCCCUAUUGAGGCUUCUUGAGCGUCUGAAAGAUUCUCAAAAGUUGUAUCUAUAGACUUGCGUUGCUCAAUUGUCUAAUUCUUAUAUUUUACGUACAACAUUUUCUUUACAUUUUUGUUAGUUGAUGAACUAUCUAAAAGACCGAAUAUGAAUAAAAAGCGGCUGGUGCUAUUAGCAUUGAUC